CAAUUCUCUGACUGGAAAAUCGUCGAUACUGACGCGUUCCUGAGGUUUUUGAGCGGCUUUCUUACCUGGGUUCCCAACGAAAUCACCACUGGCAAGGAAAUCUACAAUGCGCAGUGUGUGGUCUAUUUUGUUUUCGACCAGGCUCCUCUCAAUACCCCGCCAUACCAGAAUCCGAUCGCUCCAAGCUCCAUCGGACAGCCUCUACUCAAGCUUAGCCAGUUCAUUGUCGACUUUGCCAAUGAGGUCGGCAGCUGGAUGAGUACUACGGGCUCUCUCACCACGGUUGCUAUUGACAGCUUCAAGAACUCGCCACUGUACAAUUAUACACAGGCCGUUGAGCCAGCUGGCGGCUUCACCACUUUCAAUGAGCUGUUCGCGCGCACGCUUAAACCAGGCAUGCGUCCCAUCAGCAGUGACAGCCCGCAAGAUCCCAACUACGACCGCCUUGUCACCUUUCCCGCCGACAGCACCUUCGACGGAGCUUGGUCUAUCGAUUCUAGUGACAACGUCAACAUCAAAGGCAUCGAGUGGAACGUCAAAGACCUUCUUAAUGAACACGCCCCAAAAUAUGCCCCUUUCUUCACGGGAGGCAUUUGGAUGCACGCUUUCCUCAACACCUACGAUUACCACCGCCAGCACGCUCCGAUCGCUGGCACGGUCGUAGAGGCGAAUGUCAUUCAGGCCAUGGCUUACCUGCAAGUCACCAAACACCGCGAUCCGAGCAGAGGCCUCGCCGGGACUCUAGACGCACCUGAUGAUGCCGGAUACCAAUGGCUGCAGACCCGUGGCUGCGUCAUCAUCGACAACGAGCUCUUGGGCUACGUCGCCGUCUUGCCUAUCGGCAUGUGCCAGGUCUCAUCCGUCAAGCUUGCGGUCUCGCAGGGUGAUGUAGUCACCAAGGGUCAAGAGAUCAGUCACUUUGAAUUUGGAGGAAGUGAUAUUGUACUGGUUUUCCAGCAGAGUGCUGAUCUUCAGAUU